AUGGAUGCAACACUGGAGAAAGGAAUGGUCAGACGUUUGGAGAUAAUAGAAUGGACAGAUCACUCUGGGCCGGAAGACAGCGUCAAACUGUGGAAGGAAAGAUGCAGGCCAUCCCCCCCUGUCUACAGCUCGCUCCCCCCCACCCGUCUACAGCUCCCCCACCCGUCUACAGCCGCCCCCCCGCCCCCCCACCCGUCUACAGCCGCCCCACCCGUCUACAGCCGCCCCACCCGUCUACAGCCGCCCCACCCGUCUACAGCCGCCCCACCCGUCUACAGCCGCCCCACCCGUCUACAGCCGCCCCACCCGUCUACAGCCGCCCCACCCGUCUACAGCCGCCCCACCCGUCUACAGCCGCCCCACCCGUCUACAGCCGCCCCACCCGUCUACAGCCGCCCCACCCGUCUACAGCCGCCCCACCCGUCUACAGCCGCCCCACCCGUCUACAGCCGCCCCACCCGUCUACAGCCCCCCCACCCGUCUACAGCUCCCCCACCCGUCUACAGCUCCCCCACCCGUCUACAGCUCCCCCACCCGUCUACAGCUCCCCCACCCGUCUACAGCUCCCCCACCCGUCUACAGCUCCCCCACCCGUCUACAGCUCCCCCACCCGUCUACAGCCAGCUCCCCCACCCGUCUACAGCCAGCUCCCCCACCCGUCUACAGCCCCCCCCCACCGUCUACAGCCCUCCCACCCGUCUACAGCUCCCCCACCCGUCUACAGCUCCCCCACCCGUCUACAGCCAGCUCCCCCACCCGUCUACAGCCAGCUCCCCCACCCGUCUACAGCCCCCCCCCACCGUCUACAGCCCCCCCACCCGUCUACAGCUCCCCCACCCGUCUACAGCUCCCCCACCCGUCUACAGCCCCCCCCCCACCGUCUACAGCUCCCCCACCCGUCUACAGCUCCCCCACCCAUCUACAGCUCCCCCACCCGUCUACAGCUCCCCCACCCGUCUACAGCUCCCCCACCCGUCUACAGCUCCCCCACCCGUCUACAGCUCCCCCACCCGUCUACAGCCCCCCACCGUCUACAGCCCUCCCACCCGUCUACAGCUCCCCCACCCGUCUACAGCCAGCUCCCCCACCCGUCUACAGCCAGCUCCCCCACCCGUCUACAGCCCCCCACCCGUCUACAGCCCCCCACCCGUCUACAGCCCCCCACCCGUCUACAGCUCCCCCACCCGUCUACAGCUCCCCCACCCGUCUACAGCCCUCCCACCCGUCUACAGCUCCCCCACCCGUCUACAGCUCCCCCACCCGUCUACAGCUCCCCCACCCGUCUACAGCCCCCCCCCACCGUCUACAGCUCCCCCACCCGUCUACAGCUCCCCCACCCGUCUACAGCUCCCCCACCCGUCUACAGCUCCCCCACCCGUCUACAGCUCCCCCACCCGUCUACAGCUCCCCCACCCGUCUACAGCUCCCCCACCCGUCUACAGCCCUCCCACUCGUCUACAGCUCCCCCACCCGUCUACAGCUCCCCCACCCGUCUACAGCUCCCCCACCCGUCUACAGCUCCCCCACCCGUCUACAGCUCCCCCACCCGUCUACAGCUCCCCCACCCGUCUACAGCUCCCCCACCCGUCUACAGCUCCCCCACCCGUCUACAGCUCCCCCACCCGUCUAUCCCGUCUUCUUAAACACUAA